CCGCCCGCCAAUCACAGCGCGCGAUCGCUCCCGGAUUUGCAUAACCACGCCCCGUGGCUCGGCCCCGCCCCUCGCCGGCUGCAGCCGCGUCCGGGCGCUGUUUGCUCCCAGUUCCCUCCCAGUGCUCCCAGUAAGAGCCAGACUGGGAGGGAAAGCGCUCCCGAGUCCUGCCCGCUGCUCCCGGGAUCGCUGCCGGGGCCGCGCGGGGCGGGGCCGCUUUGGAACCCCCCCAGGGCAGAGCGCGGCUGCUUUUGGGGGUCGGCACCGCCCGGGCAGGGCUGGGAGCGGAGGAGGAGCGGGAGGAAGAGGAGGGACACAGGAGGAGGAAGAGGAAAGGCAGGAGCGGCAGGAAGAGGCGGAGCGGGAACACGAGGGACAGAGGAGGAGGAGGAGGAAGACGAAAAGCGGGAGGAAGAUCUCCCCUGAGACCCGCAGGUGAGCGGGGAGGGGGAGCUCGCCCCGAAUCCAUCGCGGGGCUCUCCGGGAGGGUUUUUGUGCGGCCCAGGGCGUGUUCGGAUCUUGCAGGAGCCCGAAGCCGAGCCGGAGAUGGCCCUGGAGGGCUCCGGGCAGCAGGCGGUGGGAGAGGCCGCUGUGAGCGGCUCCGCGGCGCAGGAACGCAACGGGGAGGAAAAGCCGCGGAGAUGCCGCACGAGGAGGGGCUGCAAACGCAGAUCUCGGGGCUCCGAGCACGAAAGAUCCACCCCGGGCCGGGGAGGCGGCCGCAGCUCGGAGCUGGGGGUCCCUGAGCAGCCUCAGGAGGGGGAGAAACCCCACAAGUGCUCGGAGUGUGGGAAGAGCUUCAGGUGGAGAUCUGAACUGACCAUUCACCAGAGGAGCCACACGGGGGAGAGACCCUACAAGUGUGGGGAAUGUGGGAAGAGCUUCAGCCGGAGCUCCAACGUGACCAUCCAUCUGAUGAGCCACACAGGGAAGAGACCCUACAAGUGUGGGCAGUGUGGGAAGAGCUUUAGCCAGAGCUCGGACCUGAUCAUCCACCAGAGGAGCCACACUGGGGAGAGGCCCUACGAGUGUGAGCAGUGCAAGAAGAGGUUUCCCACCAGCUCAAAGCUCCUCCUGCACCAGCGGAUUCACACGGAUGAGAGGCCCUUCCGCUGCCCUGACUGUGGGAUGGGCUUCCAGCGUAAUGACCACCUCGUCAGCCACCGGCGAAUCCACACUGGGGAGAGGCCCCACGAGUGUGAGCAGUGUGGGAACACCUUCAAACACAGAUCGACUCUGAUCAUCCACCAGAGGAUCCACACAAGGGAACGGCCCUACAAGUGUUGGGAGUGUGGGAAGAGCUUCAGGGCAAGGUCCAACCUGACUCUGCACCAAAUGAUCCACACAGGGGAGAGGCCCUACGAGUGUGACCACUGCAAGAAGAGGUUUCCCACCAGCUCCCAGCUCCUCAAGCACCAGCGGAUUCACACGGAUGAGAGGCCCUUCCGCUGCCCCGACUGCGGGAUGGGCUUCAGACAUAACUCCUCCCUCAUCAGGCACCGGUGCAUCCACACCGGGCAGAGACCCCACGAGUGGCCCCAGUGUGGGAAGAGCUUCAGUCACAGCUCUGCCCUGAUCACACACCAGAGGAGCCACACCGGAGAGAGGCCCUACGAGUGUGACCAGUGCAAGAAGAGGUUUCAGACCAGCUCCCGUCUCCUCAAGCACCAGCGCAGUCACACGGAUGAGAGGCCCUUCCGCUACCCCGACUGCGGGAUGGGCUUCAAGGACAACUCCCACCUCAUCAACCACCAUCGCAUCCACACCGGGGAGAGGCCCCACGAGUGUCCCCAGUGUGGAAAGAGCUUCAUCCGGCAGUCUGCCCUGAUGGCACACCAGAUUAUCCACACAGGAGAGAGGCCCUACGAGUGUGAGAAAUGCAGGAAGAGGUUUCAGACCAGUUCCACUCUCCUCGUGCACCAGCGCAUUCACACAGAUGAGAGGCCCUUCCGCUGCCCCGACUGCGGGAAGGGCUUCCGGCGAAACGCCCACCUCGUCACCCACCGGCGCAUCCACAGCGGAGAGAGGCCCCACGAGUGUCCCCAGUGUGAGAAGAGCUUCAGCCAUGGCACUACCCUGAUCAGUCACAAGAGGAUCCACACGGGGGAAAAGCCCUACAAGUGUGGGGAGUGCGGGAGGAGCUUCAGCCAGAGCUCCCAACUGAUCAGACACCAAAGGAUCCACACAGGGGAACGGCCCUACCAGUGUGGGGAGUGUGGGAAAGCCUUCAGGGCAAGGUCCAACCUGACUCUGCACCAAAUGAUCCACACAGGGGAGAGGCCCUACGAGUGUGACCAAUGCAAGAAGAGGUUUCAGACCAGCUCCAAUCUCCUCGUGCACCAGCGCACUCACACGGAUGAGAGGCCCUUCCGCUGCCCUGACUGCGGGAUGGGCUUCAAGCAAAACUCCACCCUUGUCAACCACCGGCGCAUCCACACCGGGGAGAGGCCCUAUGACUGUCCCCAGUGUGGCAAGAGCUUCAGACAGCGAUCGAAUCUGAUUGCCCACAAGACGAUCCACACAGGGGAACACCCCUACGAGUGUGGGGAGUGUGGGAAGGGCUUCAGCUACAGCUCUGCCCUGACUCUGCACGUCAGGAGUCACACGGGAGAACGGCCCUACGAGUGUCCCCAGUGUGGGAAGAGCUUCUCCAGAAGUUCUUACUUGACCCAACACCAACGGAGCCAGCACUGAGGGAAGCCCUGUGAGUGCCCCGAGUGCGGGAAGAGCUUCGUGCGCUGCUCCAGCCAUCGCCCCCCCCGGAACUCGCAGGUGAGCGGGGAGGGGGAGCUCGCCCCGAAUCCAUCGCGGGGCUCUCCGGGAGGGUUUUUGUGCGGCCCAGGGCGUGUUCGGAUCUCGCAGGAGCCCGAAGCCGAGCCGGAGAUGGCCCUGGAGGGAUCUCGGCGGGUCCCACGUGGCGAUGGCCCGCCGCGCCGGGGCAGCGGCACCGUCAAACCCAACGCGCUCAGCGCUUGUUUUACCCCACAGCAGGAUUGGCCAUUGGCAAACCUCGGCCCGAUGGAGGAGGAGGAGGAGGGCGCGGCGAGGAAGAGGAAGAUGUCCCGGGAGCCGCAGGCAGGCACGGAGCUGAGCACGGAGCCCAGGGAGGACAAAUCCCCGCGGCAGCAGCCGGUGGGAGAGGCCGCUCCCCAUUCCCUGUCCCCAUUCCCGCUCCCUGUCCCCUCUCACCGGACGCCGCCGCCAUCGCUCCGGAUCCCGCUCCCCUCACGUCUGAGGGCAAACCCCGCCCUGCUCCCGCCCGCCAAUCACAGCGCGCGAUCGCUCCUGGAUUUGCAUAACCACGCCCUGCGGCUCGGCCCCGCCCCUCGCCGGCUGCAGCCGCGUCCGGGCGCUGUUUGCUCCCAGUUCCCUCCCAGUGCUCCCAGUAAGAGCCAGACUGGGAGGGAAAGCGCUCCCGAGUCCUGCCCGCUGCUCCCGGGAUCGCUGCCGGGGCCGCGCGGGGCGGGGCCGCUUUGGAACCCCCCCAGGGCAGAGCGCGGCUGCUUUUGGGUGUCGGCACCGCCCGGGCCGGGCUGGGAGCGGAGGAGGAGCGGGAGGAAGAGGAGGGACACAGGAGGAGGAAGAGGAAAGGCAGGAGCGGCAGGAAGAGGCGGAGCGGGAACACGAGGGACAGAGGAGGAGGAGGAAGACGAAAAGCGGGAGGAAGUUCCCGCCUGGGACCCGCAGGUGAGCGGGGAGGGGGAGCUCGCCCCGAAUCCAUCGCGGGGCUCUCCGGGAGGGUUUUUGUGCGGCCCAGGGCGUGUUCGGAUCUUGCAGGAGCCCGAAGCCGAGCCGGAGAUGGCCCUGGAGGGCUCCGGGCAGCAGCCGGUGGGAGAGGCCGCUGUGAGCGGCUCCGCGGCGCAGGAACGCAACGGGGAGGAAAAGCCGCGGAGAUGCCGCACGAGGAGGGGCUGCAAACGCAGAUCUCGGGGCUCCGAGCACGAAAGAUCCACCCCGGGCCGGGGAGGCGGCCGCAGCUCGGAGCUGGGGGUCCCUGAGCAGCCUCAGGAGGGGGAGAAGCCCCACAAGUGCUCGGAGUGUGGGAAGAGCUUCAGGUGGAGAUCUGAACUGAUCAUUCACCAGAGGAUCCACACCGGGGAAAAGCCCUACGAGUGUGGGGAGUGUGGGAAGAGAUUCAGGCGGAGCUGUGACCUGAUCAGACACCAGAGGAGCCACACUGGAGAGAGGCCCUACGAGUGUGACCAGUGCAAGAAGAGGUUUCCCACCAGCUCCCAGCUCCUCAUGCACCAGCUGAUUCACACGGAUGAGUGGCCCUUCCGCUGCCCCGACUGCGGGAAGGGCUUCAAGCAAAAGUCCCACCUCAUCAGCCACUGGCCCAUCCACAACGCGGAGAGGCCCUACGAGUGUGAGCAGUGCAAGAAGAGGUUUCCCACCACCUCCAAGCUCCUCCUGCACAAGCGCAGUCACACAGAUGAGAGGCCCUUCCGCUGCUCUGACUGCGGGAUGGGCUUCAAACAGAAAGCCCAACUCAUCAGCCACUGGCCCAUCCACACCAGGGAGAGGCCCCACGAGUGUGAGCAGUGUGGGAAGAGCUUCAGCCACAGGUCUGCCCUGAUGAAACAUCGGAGGAUCCACACGGGGGAACGGCCCUACGAGUGUGGGGAGUGUGGGAAGAGCUUCAGGCGGUGGUCUGACCUGAUCACACACCAGAUGAUCCACACUGGGGAAAGGCCCUACGAGUGUGACCAAUGCAAGAUGAGCUUUACCACCAGCUACAAACUCCUCCUGCACCAGCGGAUUCACACGGAUGAGAGGCCCUUCCGCUGCCCCGACUGCGGGAAGGGCUUCAGGCAGAACUUCCACCUCGUCAGACACCGGCGCAUCCACACCGGGGAGAGGCCCCACGAGUGUGAGCAGUGUGGGAAGGGCUUCAACACGAGCUCCAACCUGAUCAGACACCAAAUGAUCCACACUGGUGAGAGGCCCUACGAGUGUGACCAGUGCAAGAAGAGGUUUCAGACCAGCUCCCAGCUCCUCGUGCACCAGCGCAUUCACACGGAUGAGAGGCCCUUCCGCUGCCCCGACUGCGGGAUGGGCUUCAAGCAAAAGUCCACCCUUGUCAGGCACCAGCGCAUCCACUCCGGGGAGAGGCCCUACGAGUGUCCCCAGUGUGGGAAGAGCUUCAGACAUGGCUCUGCCCUGAUACUCCACCAGAGGAUCCACACGGGGGAGAAGCCCUACGAGUGUGGGGAGUGUGGGAAGAGCUUCACCAGGGGCUCUCACUUGACCCAACACCAACGGAGCCAGCACUGAGGGAACCCCUGUGAGUGCCCCGAGUGUGGGAAGAGCGAGCCCGAAGCCGAGCCGGAGAUGGCCCUGGAGGGCUCCGGGCAGCAGCCGGUGGGAGAGGCCGCUAUUCACACGAAUGAGAGGCCCUUCCGCUGCCGCGACUGCGGGAUGGGCUUCAAGCAAAAGUCCCACCUCAUCAGGCACCAUCGCAUCCACACCGGGGGGAGGCCCUACGAGUGUGAGCAGUGUGGGAAGGGCUUCAGGUCAAGCUCCCAACUGAUCAACCACCAGACGAUCCACACUGGAGAGACGCCCUAUGAGUGUGAGCAGUGCAAGAAGAGGCCGCAGCUCCCCCGGCUCCGGCAGCAUCGCCCUCCCCGGAACCCGCAGGGGCUCGAAGCCGAGCCGGAGAUGGCCCUGGAGGGAUCUCGGCGGGUCCCACGUGGCGAUGGCCCGCCGCGCCGGGGCAGCGGCACCGUCAAACCCACCGCGCUCAGCGCUUGUUUUACCCCACAGCAGGAUUGGCCAUUGGCAAACCUCGGCCCGAUGGAGGAGGAGGAGGAGGGCGCGGCGAGGAAGAGGAAGCUGUCCCGGGAGCCGCAGGCAGGCACGGAGCUGAGCGCGGAGCCCAGGGAGGACAAAUCCCCGCGGCAGCAGCCGGUGGGAGAGGCCGCUAUUCACACAGAUGAGAGGCCCUUCCGCUGCCCGGACUGCGGGAAAGGCUUCAAGCAAAACGCCCCCCUCAUCAGGCACCGGCACAUCCACACCGGAGAGAGGCCCUACGAGUGUGACCAAUGCAAGAAGAGGUUUCUCACCAGCUACAAGCUCCUCCAGCACCAGCUGAUUCACACAGAUGAGAGGCCCUUCCGCUGCCUCGACUGCGGGAAGGGCUUCAAGGACAAAUCCACCCUUGUCAAACACCGGCGCAUCCACACCGGGGAGAGGCCCUUCGAGUGUCCUCAUUGUGGGAAGAGCUUUAACACAAGCUCCUACCUGAUCAUCCACCAGAGGAGCCACACGGGGGAACGGCCCUACGAAUGUGCAGAGUGCCGCAGCUCCCCCGGCUCCGGCAGCAUCGCCCCCCCCCGGAACCCGCAGGAGCCCGAAGCCGAGCCGGAGAUGGCCCUGGAGGGCUCCGGGCAGCAGGCGGUGGGAGAGGCCGCUGUGAGCGGCUCCGCGGCGCAGGAACACUGGGAGGGAAAGCGCUCCCGAGUCCUGCCCGCUGCUCCCGGGAUCGCUGCCGGUGCCGCGCGGGGCACUUUGGAACCCCCCCAGGGCAGUCCGCGGCUGCUUUUGGGGGUCGGCACCGCCCGGGCCGGGCUGGGAGCGGAGGAGGAGCGGGAGGAAGAGGAGGGACACAGGAGGAGGAAGAGGAAAGGCAGGAGCGGCAGGAAGAGGCGGAGCGGGAACACGAGGGACAGAGGAGGAGGAGGAAGACGAAAAGCCGGAGGAAGCUCCCCCCUGGACCCGCAGGUGAGCGGGGAGGGGGAGCUCGCCCCGAAUCCAUCGCGGGGCUCUCCGGGAGGGUUUUUGUGCGGCCCAGGGCGUGUUCGGAUCUCGCAGGAGCCCGAAGCCGAGCCGGAGAUGGCCCUGGAGGGCUCCGGGCAGCAGCCGGUGGGAGAGGCCGCUGUGAGCGGCUCCGCGGCGCAGGAACGCAACGGGGAGGAAAAGCCGCGGAGAUGCCGCACGAGGAGGGGCUGCAAACGCAGAUCUCGGGGCUCCGAGCACGAAAGAUCCACCCCGGGCCGGGGAGGCGGCCGCAGCUCGGAGCUGGGGGUCCGUGAGCAGCCUCAGGAUGGGGAGAAGCCCCACAAGUGCUCGGAGUGUGGGAAGAGCUUCAGGUGGAGAUCUGAACUGACCAAACACCAGAGGAACCACACUGGGGAGAGGCGUUACGAGUGUGACCAGUGCAAGAAGAGGUUUCCCACCUGCUCCCAUCUCCUCCGGCACCAGCUGAUUCACACCGGAGAGAGGCCCUUCCACUGCCCCGACUGCGGGGUGGGCUUCAAGCGAAAUGACAACCUGAUCAUCCACCGGCGCAUCCACACCGGGGAGAGGCCCCACGAGUGUGACCAGUGCAAGAAGAGGUUUCUCACCAGCUCCAAGCUCGUCUGGCACCAGCUGAUUCACACAGAUGAGAGGCCCUUCCUCUGCCUCGACUGCGGAAUGGGCUUCAAGGACAAAUCCACCCUCGUCACCCACCAGCGCAUCCACACUGGGGAGAGGCCCUAUGAGUGUCCCCAGUGUGGGAAGAGCUUCAGCCACAGCUCUGCCCUGAUCACACACCAGAGGAUCCACACGGGGGAACGGCCCUACGAGUGUGGAGAGUGUGGGAAGAGCUUCAGCACGAGCUCCACCCUGGCUCUGCACCAGAGGAGCCACACUGGGGAAAGGCCCUACAAGUGUGAGCAGUGCAAGAAGAGGUUUCCCACCAGCUCCCAGGUCCUCAUGCACCAGCGGAGUCACAUGGAGGACAGGCCCUUCCGCUGCCCCGACUGCGGGAUGGGCUUCAAGCAAAACUCCACCCUUGUAAACCACCGGCGCAUCCACACCGGGGAGAGGCCCUACGAGUGUCCCCAGUGUGGGAAGAGCUUCUCCAGAAGUUCUUACUUGACCCAACACAAACGGAGCCAGCACUGAGGGAAGCCCUGUGAGUGCCCCGAGUGCGGGAAGGAGCCCGAAGCCGAGCCGGACAUGGCCCUGGAGGGCUCCGGGCAGCAGGCGGUGGGAGAGGCCGCUGCCAAAUCCACCCUCAUCAACCACCAUCGCAUCCACACCGGGGAGAGGCCCUACGAGUGUGGGGAGUGUAGGAAGGGCUUCAGGUCAAGCUCCCAACUGAUCAACCACCAGACGAUCCACACUGGAGAGAGGCCCUACGAGUGUGACCACCACCGGCGCAUCCACACCGGGGAGAGGCCCUAUGAGUGUCCUCAUUGUGGGAAGAGCUUUAACACAAGCUCCUACCUGAUCAUCCACCAGAGGAGCCACACGGGGGAACGGCCCUACGAAUGUGGAGAGUCGCGCGAUCGCUCCCUGAUUUGCAUAACCACGCCCCGUGGCUCGGCCCCGCCCCUCGCCGGCUGCAGCCGCGUCCGGGCGCUGUUUGCUCCCAGUUCCCUCCCAGUGCUCCCAGAGCCCGAAGCCGAGCCGGAGAUGGCCCUGGAGGGCUCCGGGCAGCAGCCGGUGGGAGAGGCCGCUGUGAGCGGGGAGGGGGAGCUCGCCCCGAAUCCAUCGCGGGACUCUCCGGGAGGGUUUUUGUGCGGCCCAGGGCGUGUUCGGAUCUUGCAGGAGCCCGAAGCCGAGCCGGAGAUGGCCCUGGAGGGCUCCGGGCAGCAGCCGGUGGGAGAGGCCGCUGUGAGCGGCUCCGCGGCGCAGGAACGCAACGGGGAGGAAAAGCCGCGGAGAUGCCGCACGAGGAGGGGCUGCAAACGCAGAUCUCGGGGCUCCGAGCAGGAAAGAUCCACCCCGGGCCGGGGAGGCGGCCGCAGCUCGGAGCUGGGGGUCCCUGAGCAGCCUCAGGAGGGGGAGAAGCCCCACAAGUGCUCAGAGUGUGGGAAGAGCUUCAGGUGGAGAUCUGAACUGAUCAUCCACCAGAGGAGCCACACUGGGGAAAAGCCCUACGAGUGUGGGGAGUGUGGGAAGAGCUUCAGCUGCAGCUCAUCCCUGAUCAUCCACCAGAGGAUCCACACUGGGGAGAGGCCCUUCGAGUGUGAGCAAUGUGGGAAGAGCUUUUUCACGAGCUCCCAACUUCUUCUGCACCAGCGGAGUCACAGGGAUGAGAGGCCCUUCCGCUGCCCCGACUGCGGGAUGGGCUUCAAGCAAAACUCCUCCCUCGUCAGACACCGGCGCAUCCACACCAGGGAGAGGCCCCACGAGUGUCCCCAGUGUGGGAAGAGCUUCGCCAAGAGCUGUCACUUGGCCAAACACCAACAGAGACACCGCUAAGGAACCCCUGCGAUUGCCCCGAGUGCGGGAAGAGCUUCGUGCGCUGCUCCAGCUCCAUCCCCCAUGGGAGGAUCCCCCCUGGAUGAUCCCCAGUGAGCCCCGGUGGGCAGAGCCCCGGUGAUCCGCGGUGCCGGUGAUCCGUGUUGGGCACACACCUGGCUGGGGGACUCCACAUGUUCCUGGCUCCCUGUGGCCUGGAUUUUCUUUUUGUUUCUCUUUGUCUUUUCAAAGUACCAAAAACCACGGUAAAAAUAAAGAUUUUGAAUAAAGAUCUGGAUGGGAACACGGGGGGAUCUUCCAUGGGAUGUGGAUCAUGGUGGGUUCAAGGGAACUGAGGGUUCCUGGCAGGGAAUUCGGGG